UGGUGUUGAGGAGUGAUGCUUACACCGCGACGCCGUCGUUGUGUUUUUCGUCCGCCAUUGUUGCGGCGCGUUGAGUGCUAUCAACGACUCAAUGCUUGAAUAGUCUCUUAGUUGAUGUGAGAGUGUUCAAUGCUUCUAGCUCUAUCCUCUUGAUCUAUCGCGAGAUGACAGUAAAGUCUCUACGAAGAAAAUGCGCCUUGGAUCUGAGAGUGAUCGUCCAACACCAAAGACAGGGCUCGGAUGAGAGGAGGGGAAACCGAGAAAGCAUGGGAUGGGCAUUGCCUGGUAUUUGUAUCUCACCCACAGACGAAAUCUCAUCCCAACCUCUACACAAGGUUCAAGGAGACCAGACCGGCGCAACCACCUUCCCCCGCAAGGUAAGAACGGUCUGUCAACGCGACUAUGUAGACCAUCUUUGUUCCCCCCUCUCUCUCCUCUCAUGUCAAUGGACUGGACCACAGCGUGCGAGCAUACAGAGAUAGAUCCACAAUGGGGCGACCCAUGGGGAAAGCCCAAGCCUUUCAAAGUGGAUUCGCUGGGGUUUGGGCGGCAGGGAGAUGGUCGCCAUUGUUCAGAUGGACCAUGGAGCAGAAAACUUCCCCUCACGCGCGCGUGGUGUAUGGUAUGGCAGCGUAAUGACACGGCUGGGUACCAUGACAGUGGCGGCUCUCUCUUCAUCUGGCCAUGGCAGCGGAGAGCAGACCAGACUACAUGGUUCGCGAGUUCGGUCUUGCAUGGCCCAUCAUCUAGAUCCCCGAGUCUUAUUGGACUGCCGGUCGAAGGAGAUGUAACGAUGCUCCGCAGGGGCGCAUCUGGGUUGUGCGACAUUUUGAGAUCUCCACUGGCAGUGGCUGUCAUUCGAGUUGAGUUCUGCGGACCAAAGCCCGGCGCCUUGGUAGCGCUCCUUUGUUUUGUAGGAAUUGGGCAGAGAUCGGCGCAGAAUGAUACCGGCUGCUGGACGCCGCAGGCAGCAAAGCUGAAAGCAAAAGCUAAGUUUCUUCGGACCAGCCUUGGCCGUUAACGGUCCCGUUUUUUGACUGAACGGAUUCAGGGUUCUGACGGUCCGUUGCUGUUUAGCCGUAUCUUCAGUCCAAACCUAUGGGAUUUCCCCAGACUGACCUUUCUCCUCACUUUCUCCCUCAGGAAAAGCACGUCCCGGCCGUUGAGCGCUGGCACACGCAACACACGUUGUAUGGGAACGUCCGUGUUGCAAGAGAUAAGGACAGGAACCCUGGCCACUCGAGACAGGACGU